AUGUCGCAGUUCAAAGGCCAAGCUCGGCUUCCCAAGUUCGCCGUCCCCAAACGCUACGACGUUAAGCUCAAACCCGACCUCGUCGCCUGCAAAUUCGGCGGAUCCGUCGCCAUCGACCUCGACAUCGUCGCCGAUACCCGCUUCAUAGUCCUCAACGCCGCCGAGCUCUCCGUCAAUGCCGCUUCCGCGUCUUUCACUCAACCUCACUCUUCCAAGGUUUUCAAGCCAUCCAAAGUUGACGGGUUUGAAGAAGAUGGCAUUUUGGUUAUGGAGUUUGAGGAGACGCUUCCGAUUGGGCUCGGAGUUUUGGAUAUUGGAUUUGAGGGGAUUUUGAAUGACAAUAUGAAGGGAUUCUAUAGAAGUACGUAUGAGCAUAACGGGGAGAAGAAAAACAUGGCAGUUACACAGUUUGAGCCGGUUGAUGCGCGGCGGUGCUUUCCGUGUUGGGAUGAGCCUGCUUGCAAGGCUACAUUCAAGAUUACAUUGGAAGAUGUACCAUCUGAACUAGUAGCUCUUUCCAACAUGCCGGUUUCAGAAGAAAAAGUUAAUGGACCUUUUAAGACAGUUUCAUAUCUGGAAACACCAAUUAUGUCUACGUAUUUGGUGGCCAUUGUUGUUGGUUUGUUCGAUUAUGUUGAAGAUCAUACUUGUGAUGGGGUCAAAGUGAGGGUCUAUUGUCAAGUUGGUAAGGAAAGCCAAGGGAAAUUUGCUCUGGAGGUUGCUGUCAAGACACUUGAAUUGUACACAGAAUACUUUGGUGUGCAUUACCCUUUGCCAAAAUUGGAUAUGGUCGCAAUCCCCGAUUUUUCUGCUGGUGCCAUGGAGAAUUAUGGUUUAGUUACAUACCGUGAAACAGCUUUGCUCUUUGAUGAUCAGCAUUCUUCAGCUUCCAGCAAGCAAAAUGUAACAAUAACCGUGGCACAUGAAUUGGCACACCAAUGGUUUGGCAAUCUUGUGACCAUGGAAUGGUGGACAGAUUUGUGGCUAAAUGAGGGAUUUGCAACAUGGGUGAGCUAUUUAGCUACCGAGAGCUUGUUUCCUGAGUGGAAAAUAUGGACUCAGUUUCUUGAUGAGUCUACUGAGGGUCUUAGGCUGGAUGGUCUUGAAGAAUCCCACCCCAUCGAGGUGGAAAUAAAUCAUGCGGCUGAGGUUGAUGAAAUAUUUGAUGCAAUAAGUUAUACGAAAGGUGCUUCUGUUAUUAGGAUGCUACAAAACUAUCUUGGUGCCGAACCCUUUCAGAGGUCACUUGCUGCUUAUAUAAAAAAACAUGCUUACUCAAAUGCAAAGACAGAAGACUUAUGGGCUGCCCUUGAGGAGGGAUCUGGUGAACCUGUGAACAAGCUGAUGAAUUCGUGGACGCAGCAGAAAGGCUACCCAGUUGUUUCUGUCGAAGUCAAAGAUCAAAAAUUGAAGUUUGAACAGACACAAUUCUUGUCGAGUGGUUCCCAAGGCAAUGGAGAAUGGAUUGUACCAAUAACAUCAUGCUGCGGCUCAUAUGAUGUACGCAAGAGCUUCCUACUCAAAACUAAGUCUGAAGUUCUUGACAUAAAGGAAUUUCUUGGUUGUUCAAUAGCAGAGACUGAAAGUGGAAGCUCAUGCAAUAAAAACAAUACAGUCUGCAGUUGGAUAAAAAUCAAUGUGGAUCAAGCUGGCUUUUACAGGGUGAAAUAUGAUGAGAAACUUGCAGCUACACUAAGAAAUGCUAUACAGAACAAAUACUUGUCUGCAACAGACAAAUUUGGCAUUUUGGAUGAUUCAUAUUCCCUUUCUAUGGCUUGUCAGCUGUCUUUUGCUUCUUUGCUCACCUUGUUGGCUGCUUAUAAAGAGGAACUUGACUAUACAGUCCUGUCAAAUUUGAUUUCUAUUAGUCGUAAGCUUGCAAGAAUUGCAGCUGAUGCAGUACCCAAGCUACUUGAUCUCAUCAAUCAGUUCUUUAUUGGCCUUCUUCAGUACUCUGCAGAAAAGCUUGGUUGGCAGCCCAAACCCGGUGAGAGCCAUUUAGAUGCAAUGUUGAGGGGUGAAAUUUUGACCACCCUUGCUUUAUUUGGACAUGAGCCGACAAUCAAUGAAGCAAGCAGGCGUUUUCAUGCCUACUUAGAUGACAGAAAUAUGCCACUCCUUCCUCCUGACAUUAGAAAGGCGGCAUAUGUGGCUGUAAUGCAAAGAGUAACCCAAUCAAAUAGAGCAGGCUAUGACUCUCUUCUUAGAGUUUACAGAGAGAGUGAUCAAAGUGAGGAGAGAAACCGCGUUUUAGGAUCAUUAGCAUCUUGUCCAGAUCCAGACAUUAUACUGGAAGUUCUCAACUUUUUACUGACUUCAGAGGUCCGCAACCAGGAUGCUAUAUUUGGACUUGCUGUUAGUAGCAACGGACGGGAAACAGCUUGGACUUGGCUGAAGGAUAAUUGGGUGCAAAUCUCAAAGACCUGGGGUUCUGGAUUUCUUAUUACUCAAUUUGUCAGUGCAAUUGUUUCACCGCUUGCUUCAUUUGAGAAGGUUAAGGAAGUAGAGGAGUUCUUCAAAGCCCAUCCUAACCCUGCCGUAACUAGAACCUUGAAGCAGAGCAUUGAGCGCGUGCAGAUUAACACCAAGUGGGUUCAGAGUGUUCAGGGUGAGAAAGAUCUUCCCAAGGUUUUGAAAGAGUUGCCUUCCAGCAAAUACUAGCUUCCAUACUUGGCUGCAUCUAUUUGUUAUGAAAGAAUAAUUAGGAAGGAUUUUGCACCUGAAAGUCUGAAACUUGAUAUGCCAGUUUGAUUUCUUAUAUGAUCGGAUAAACAGGAGUGCAGCCAG